UUGGGCAACGGGGUCGCCAGCUCCUCGCCCACCUCCCUCCCUAUGGGAGAAAAGGAGGAGGGGAAGUGACUGCGGAGUUGAUGAACUUUGCACAUCCAGAAACGCCAUUUUGAUUCCUUUUCCGGAACAAGUUUGCAUCUCUCCUCGUUCUCUCCCCGAAGCCCACCGGUCCCCACUGCAUCAUGCCUGGGAGCCCAGCACCCUGCCGGGCCGUCAUUCCAACUCUGUGCUCCAGAAGUGGUGGCUGUGAGGUGUGACUCUGCCCACACUUGGGCCCAGUCUGUGUCAGCUCCUCAGAAGAAAGAAGACAACAGUGUAAAGGAGUGAUACCAAGAGAAGAAAAGGACUCAACAGAGUCAUUUCCUACUUCAUGUGGAUGACAGCUAUAACAAGGGACUGUCACUUGGGACAGAAAUGGAGUUCUAUAGCAGAGAGUUCUUAGAAGCAUAAAACCUCGUCCCGAUGACGUCAAAUUCACCCACUGGUUUAGAAGGCUCAGACCUGUCUUCCAUCAACACCAUGAUGUCGGCAGUGAUGAGCGUAGCGAAUGUUACUGAGAAUGGUGGGAGCCCCCAGGACAUCAAGUCCCCCAUGAAGCCUCCAGGACCAAAUCGGAUUGGCAGAAGGAACCAGGAGACGAAAGAGGAGAAGUCUUCCUACAGCUGCCCCCUAUGUGAAAAGAUUUGCACCACCCAGCACCAGCUGACCAUGCACAUCCGUCAGCACAACACGGACACUGGAGGAGCUGACCACUCAUGCAGCAUCUGUAAGAAGUCACUGAGCUCUGCCAGUUCCCUGGAUCGCCACAUGCUGGUGCACUCCGGCGAAAGGCCUUACAAGUGUACCGUGUGUGGUCAGUCUUUCACCACCAACGGGAACAUGCACAGACAUAUGAAGAUUCAUGAGAAGGACACCAGCAGUGCUACAGCUGCAGCCCCUCCGUCCCCUCUGAAGCGUAGGCGGUUGUCCUCCAAAAGGAAACUGAGUCACGAUGCUGAGUCCGAGAGAGAAGACCAAGCACCAGCUAAAAAGAUGGUAGAAGAUGGGCAGUCGGGCGAUUUGGAGAAGAUGGCUGAAGAAGUCUUUCACUGCCCAGUGUGCUUCAAGGAGUUUGUUUGCAAAUAUGGACUGGAGACCCACAUGGAGACUCACUCAGAUAACCCAUUAAGAUGUGACAUCUGCUGUGUGACUUUCCGCACACACCGAGGGCUGCUGCGCCACAAUGCCCUUGUCCACAAGCAGCUUCCCAGAGACGCCAUGGGAAGACCUUUCAUCCAGAACAACCCUUCGAUUCCUGCUGGCUUCCAUGACUUAGGAUUUACUGACUUCUCCUGUAGGAAGUUUCCUCGAAUUUCUCAGGCCUGGUGUGAAACAAACCUGCGGAGGUGCAUCAGCGAGCAGCACCGGUUCGUGUGCGACACCUGCGACAAGGCAUUCCCCAUGCUGUCUUCACUCAUCCUGCACAGGCAGACCCACAUCGCCGCUGAUCAGGGCCGGGAAAAGCUCCAGACCAAGACCCCGGCUGAUGAUACCGAGGACCAGAAGGUCUUCCUGGCCCUGCUGGGCCUGCAGCACACCAAAGACAUCAGGCCUGCACCUCCUGAGGAACCCCUGCCGGACGACAACCAAGCAAUACAGCUCCAGACACUCAAGUGUCAGCUACCUCAGGACCCUGGCUGCACCAACGUGCUGAGUCUGUCCCCUUUUGAAGCUGCUUCUUUAGGUGGUUCUCUGACGGUCCUCCCAGCUACCAAGGAGGGCAUGAAGCAUCUGUCCCUGCAGCCCUUCCAAAAGGGCUUCAUCAUCCAGCCGGACAGCAGCAUUGUGGUAAAGCCUAUUUCAGGAGAGUCAGCCAUUGAGCUAGCAGACAUCCAACAGAUUCUAAAGAUGGCAGCUUCAGCUCCUCCACAAAUCAGUCUUCCGCCACUUUCCAAGGCUCCGGCCACACCCCUUCAGGCCAUUUUCAAGCACAUGCCUCCCUUGAAGCCAAAGCCCCUGGUCACACCUCGGACCGUGGUAGCCACCUCUACACCCCCACCUCUCAUCAAUGCACAGCAGGCGUCCCCAGGGUGUAUCAGCCCUAGCCUUCCUCCACAGUCCCUGAAGUUCCUCAGGGGCUCCGUCGAGGCAGCCUCCAAUGCUCAUCUGCUCCAGUCUAAGUCUGGGGUCCAGCCAAACACCACCACACAGCUCUUCCUGCAGCAGCCUGGCGUGGAGUUGCCAGGCCAGCCUGAGAUGAAGACGCAGCUGGAACAGGACAGCAUCAUCGAGGCCCUGCUGCCCCUAAACAUGGAGGCAAAGAUCAAGCAGGAGAUAACAGAGGGUGACCUCAAGGCCAUCAUGACAGGCCCCAGUGGCAAGAAGACCCCUGCCAUGCGCAAGGCGCUCUACCCCUGCCGCUUUUGUAACCAGGUGUUCGCUUUCUCUGGAGUUCUGCGCGCCCACGUUCGCUCCCAUCUGGGCAUCUCACCCUACCAGUGCAACAUCUGCAACUACACUGCUGCGGACAAAGCCGCUCUUAUCCGCCACCUUCGCACACACAGCGGGGAAAGGCCUUACGUCUGCAAGAUCUGCUGCUACCCAUUCACAGUCAAAGCCAACUGUGAGCGGCACCUGCGCAAGAAGCACCUCAAGGCCACCCGGAAGGACAUCGAAAAGAACAUAGAGUACGUGAGCAGCAGCGCAGCGAAGCUGGUGGAUGCCUUCUGCUCCCCGGAGACGGUGUGCCGGCUGUGCGGUGUGGAUCUGAAGCACUACCGAGCGCUGCGCAUUCACAUGCGUACACACUGCAGCCGAGGCCUGGGUGGCUGCCCCAAAGGCCGCAAACCUUUCGAGUGCAAAGAAUGCAAUGCCACCUUUGCGGCCAAGCGCAACUGUGUCCAUCACAUCCUCAAGCAACACCUGCACGUGCCCGAGCAUGACAUCGAGAGCUAUGUGGUUGCCACAAAUGGUGGCCUUGCCCCCACAGACGCGCCCACAGAGGCCUCUGCCAGAGGAGAAGAAGGCAACUGCAUUGCUUUUGGAGAGUGCAAGCCCCUCCCCACUUUCCUGGAGCCCCAAAAUGGCUUUCUUCACACGAGCCCCACCCAGCCCCUGCCUUCCCACAUCUCUGUCAAGCUGGAGCCAGCCAGCAGCUUUGCGAUGGACUUCAACGAACCCCUUGACUUUUCACAGAAGGGCCUGGCGCUGGUCCAAGUGAAGCAGGAAAAUGUGUCCUCCUUGCUGACCUCUUCCUCCUCUGCCCUCUACGACUGCUCUAUGGAGCCCAUUGACCUAUCCAUCCCCAAGAGCAUAAAGAAAGGAGACAAGGACACAGUUGUUCCCAGUGACGCCAAGAAACCAGAACCAGAAUCUGGGAAAGCUGAGCAGCAAUCUCCCUGCCCACCACCCUGCCCUACCUUGUCAGUGACUAUGGAGCCCAGAGGGAGCUUGGAAAACCCCACAGGUACUGUGGUGGCCGUCACCACAGCUGCCAACCUGGAACCCCACACUCAGCCCCUCCAGGGCUCUGUGCAGCUGGCCGUUCCCAUCUAUUCCUCAGCUCUCAUCAGCAGUCCUACCCUCCUGGGCAACUCUGCCCUCUUGAACAACCCUGCCUUGCUUCGGCCAUUGCGGCCAAAACCUCCCCUCCUCUUGCCAAAGCCCCCCAUGACAGAGGAGCUGCCUCCACUGGCUUCCAUUGCCCAGAUCAUCUCAUCUGUGUCCUCAGCCCCUACUCUGCUGAAAACGAAGGUAGCUGACCCUGGGCCAUCGAUCACCAGCAGUAACACUGUGGCCACAGACAGCUCAGGAAGCUCCAUCCCCAAAGCUGUCACUACCCACACUGACGUCACAAGCCCUAAAGAAUCCAGUGACCCACCCCCUACGGCCAGCAGCCCAGAGGAAGCCUUGCCUACUGAGCAAGGACCCUCUAGCUCAUCCAGGAAGAGGGGUAGGAAAAGGGGAAUGAGAAGCCAGCCCCUCACCACCAGCAGUGGUGUGGACCUGGACUCCAGUGGAGAGUUUGCUAGUAUCGAGAAGAUGCUAGCCACCACAGAUACCAACAAGUUCAGUCCAUUUCUGCAGACUGCAGAGGACGAUACUCAGGAUGAGGUGUCUGGAGCCCCUGCAGAGCACCCUGGACCCAGUGAUGAGGAGCAGGGUGGCCCUGCUGAAGACAGGCUGCUGAGAGCAAAGCGGAACUCCUAUGCCAACUGCCUGCAGAAGAUCAACUGUCCCCACUGUCCCCGGGUCUUCCCUUGGGCCAGCUCCCUCCAGAGGCACAUGCUCACACACACUGGUCAGAAACCCUUCCCUUGUCAAAAAUGCGAUGCCUUCUUUUCUACCAAAUCUAACUGUGAACGCCACCAGUUGCGCAAACACGGAGUUACCACCUGCUCCCUAAGAAGAAACGGGCUUAUUCCCCCCAAAGAGGGUGAUGUUGGAUCCCAUGAUAGCACAGACAGCCAGUCAGACACAGACACAUUGACCACCCCAGCUGAGGUGCUGGAUCUCACAGCACGGGAGAAGGAGCAGCCGCCAGCAGAGGGAGCCGUGGAGCUCAGCCCAGCUACCCAGGACCUCACUGUUCCAGAGGCCAAAGCAGAGGCAGCCCCUCCUGAGAAGGAGGAAGAAAAGGGGACAGAGGAGAACCCAGAGCCAGAGGAAGAGUGUGGCUUGGGAGAGGGCACCAGGGAUGCCGAUGCCCUGGAGGAAGACACAGCCAGCAACCAGAGCCUGGAUCUGGACUUUGCCAGCAAGCUGAUGGACUUCAAGCUGGCCGAGAGCGAGGCAGGCACCAUGGACAGCCAAGGCACAGCCCAGCAGGACCAGAAGCAUACCUGUGAUACCUGUGGAAAGAACUUCAAGUUCCUGGGCACCCUAAGCCGCCACAGGAGGGCACACAGCUGCCAGCAGCCCAAGGAGGAGAUGGAGGAGCCUUUGCCGGAGAACGAGAGCGCAGGCAGAGCAGCCGAGGGGUCCUCGCCUUCCCCCGAGCCUGAGGAGAAGCCUGCCGAAUCCCCAGCGAUAGAUCCAACCCCAGGAACCAGGGAGGCCUCAGUGGAGAAGCAGAAUGAAGAGACAGAGGGUCCCUCCGAUGGGGAGGGCACAACGGAGAAGAGGGGUGACGGCAGCGACAAGAGACCAAAGACGGACUCCCCCAAAAGCAUGGCCAGUAAGGCGGACAAGAGGAAGAAGGUCUGCAGUGUGUGCAACAAGCGCUUCUGGUCCCUGCAGGACCUCACUCGGCACAUGAGGUCACACACAGGGGAAAGGCCGUACAAGUGUCAGACUUGUGAGAGAACCUUCACCUUGAAGCACAGCCUCGUUCGACACCAGCGGAUCCACCAGAAAGCCAGGCACAGCAAGCACCAUGGGAAAGACAGUGACAAGGACGAGCGGGCUGAGGAGGACAGUGAGGACGAGUCCACCCACAGUGCUAACAACCCUGUCUCAGAGAACGAGGCCGACGCAGCUCCGAGUACCAGCAACCACGUGGCCAUCACCAGGAGCCGGAAAGAGAACUUGGCCAGUUCGGGGAAGGAUUGUAGCCAGGAGGAGAGGGCUGCACCAGAACGGGCAGCUGAGCCUGGCCACAGCACCCCUAAGGAGCAGGCGUCUCCAGGUGAAACAGACCCCGAAAGCCCAGCAGCCCUCGUGCAGGACUUGUUGGAGCUGUGCGCCAAGAGGCCCGCUCCCAUCCUGGCAGCCCCCGACAGUGCCUCGCAGCUCCUGGGGGUGGAGUGACAGCUUGUCCCGUCCCCAUCAGCACACAGACAAAGCUAGCAGAGCCUCCCCAGUAGAGAUUUCACAAGAUUUUCUCAGUGUCCUUCAGCUGUCUGGAGAGAG